GCCGAGCCUGCCAAGCUGGCGCCCGGCGGGGCCAUGGUGGCCGGCGCCCGCGGCGGCUGCGCGCAGGCGGGGGCUGCUCGGCGCGGCCUCCUGGCCCUGCUGCUCGCUGUCUCCGCGCCGCUCUGGCUGCAGGCGGAGGAGCUGGGUGAUGGCUGUGGGCACAUAGUGACCUACAAGGACAGUGGCACCAUGACAUCUAAGAAUUAUCCAGGGACUUACCCCAAUCACACUAUUUGUGAAAAGACGAUCACAGUACCGAAGGGGAAGAGACUGAUUCUGAGGUUGGGAGAUUUGGAUAUUGAAUCCCAGACCUGUGCUUCUGACUACCUUCUGUUCACUAGCUCUUCAGAUCAAUAUGGUCCGUAUUGUGGAAGCAUGACUGUGCCCAAAGAACUCUUGCUGAACACCAGUGAAGUAACUGUUCGCUUUGAGAGUGGAUCCCACAUUUCUGGGCGGGGUUUUUUGCUAACGUAUGCCAGCAGCGACCAUCCAGAUUUAAUAACGUGUUUGGAACGAGCUAACCAUUAUUUGAAGACAGAAUACAGCAAGUUCUGCCCAGCUGGUUGUAGAGACAUAGCAGGAGAUAUUUCUGGGAAUGUGGUGCAUGGAUAUAGAGAUACCUCUUUACUAUGCAAAGCCGCCAUCCAUGCAGGAGUAAUUGCAGAUGAAGUGGGCGGUCAGAUUGGCGUGCUUCUGCGCAGGGGCAUGAGUCGAUACGAAGGGAUCCUGGCCAAUGGUGUGCUCUCAAGGCAUGGUUCCCUGUCAGACAAGCGAUUUCUGUUUACCUCCAAUGGUUGCAGCAGAUCCUUGAGUUUGGAACCUGACCGGCAAAUCAGAGCUUCUUCUUCUUGGGAGUGGAUCAAUGAGACUGGAGAUCAGGUCCGUUGGUCUCCUGGCCAAGCCCGACUUCAGGACCAAGGCCCGUCAUGGGCUUCGGGGGACAGGAGCAAGAACCACAAACGAGAGUGGCUGAGGAUAGAUUUGGGAGAGAAAAAGAAAAUAACAGGAAUUAGGACCACUGGAUCCACACAGUCAAAUUUCAACUUUUAUGUAAAGAGUUUUGUAAUGAACUUCAGAAACAACAACUCCAAGUGGGAGACCUAUAAAGGAAUUGUGAAUAAUGAAGAAAAGGUGUUUCAGGGCAACUCUAAUUUUCGGGACCCUGUGCGGAACAAUUUCAUCCCUCCCAUCGUGGCCAGAUAUGUCCGCGUUAUCCCCCAGACGUGGCACCAGAGGAUAGCCUUGAAAGUGGAGCUCCUUGGCUGCCAGAUUGCACCAAGUAAGACUCAGGGUAAUGACUCAUUGGUGUGGAGCAAAACAAGUCUAAAUACUGUUGGUUCAACUAACAGAGAAGAUGAGACAAUCUUAAAACCCGUCCCCUCUGAAGAAAUGCCCAAAGGGUUAAACGUCAUAACUAUUGUUACUCCACUGGUGCUCCUCGUCCUGCUGGUUGCUGGAGUGGGAAUCUUUGUAGUCCUUAGAAAGAGGAAGAAGAAAGGAAAUCCUUAUGGAUCAGCUAAGGCUCAGAAAACAGACUGUUGGAAGCAGAUCAAAUAUCCCUUUGCCAGGCAUCAGUCAGCUGAGUUUACCAUCAGCUACGAUAAUGAAAAGGAGAUGACACAAAAGUUGGAUCUCGUCACAAGUGAUAUGGCAGAUUACCAGCAGCCUCUCAUGAUUGGCACCGGAACGGUCACCAGGAAGGGCUCUACCUUCCGGCCGAUGGACACCGAGGCCGAUGAGGCGGGGCCGGACGCCGAGGCUAGUGGCCACUACGACUGCCCCCUCCCGGCCGGCCGCCACGAGUACGCCCUGCCCUUGACCAACCCCGAGCCCGAGUACGCCACGCCCAUCGUGGAGCGGCACCUGGCCCGGGCUCACACCUUCUCCGCGCGGAGCGGCUACCGCGUGCCGGGGCCCGGGCCGGCGCACAAGCACUCCCUCUCUUCCGGCGCCUUCUCCCCGGCCGCCGGCUACCAGCUGCCGCCGAGCCCCGCGCCCGCAGACCCAGGCUACGACAAGCCCAAGGGCGGCGGCGGCGGCGGCUCAGCCGCGGGGCGCGCCGAUCCCGCCUAUCAAAAGCCGCAGGUCAACCCCGCGACCAACGCUGCCUACUUGGCCCCCAGAGACUGCCUCAGACCCCUCAACCAGACGGCCAUGACCGCUCUGCUGUGAACACACUGUGAAUGAAAGCUGCUGUGGUACUGAGCUCCGGGCUGUGCGCGCGCGCGAGAGACUGAGUGAGUGCGCGCGCGUAUAUGGUUUAACAGGAUCCUGCGGUGGAGUCGUAGAGGCACCCCCCCCCCCACUGUUUACAGAAUUGUGCAGCUGGUUUUGUCCUAACCCUUAGGGCGAGCGUCUGUUGGGUUUUAUGGGGCUAGAAAAAUGAAAGUUUUCAGAUGGCAUUUUUCAUUUCUCUAACUGUGAUACCGAGCUGCUUCGGUGUAAAAUGUGCAAUCUGUACAGAAUUGUAUUUAACAAGAAUUAAAGUAACUUAAGUUUGCUUGCGCAGAUUUUGGUUCUACAUGGAGGUUAUGUAGGAGAAUGCAGCUGUUGCAAAAACGUAUAUAAGAGUAUGUUCACUUUUUAAAGAUAUUUUAUCUGAUGAUAGUGUGUUAGCAGCAGGUCUGUUUAAACUUAAUCUUGUUGUUAUUAUGGCUCAUUUCCUUUCCUUUGAUAUCGAGAACUAAAAGCAUUGUUAACAGUCUUCUCCUGGAAGGAAUGAAAUUACUUGAAGCAAGAAAAGCACACCAGGGUGGUUGUUUGUUUGCAAUUAUGACUGUAGAUUAAAAAGAACAAACAAACAAAAUACACCACCUCAGCAGCUGCCAGUUCCUUAGACUCCACUUCAGGUGGGGAUGCUCAGCGCCUGUGAAGGUGUGCAAGGUGCAGGGGGUCUCUGGGGCCUGCAGAGGCCUCGCUGCCCGCAGCCUGUGCGAGCAGGCUCCUGAGCAGCUGGCCUUCACACUGCUCGCUCACCUCAGGCCUGGCAGAUACUUGCUUUCACAUGCAAGUCUGCCUUUUCAAACUGUCUGCAAAGCCAAAUGCUGAGACUUAACGGCAACCAAAACUGCUCUCUCAACAAACUGAAUGAAGGUGGCACAGCAAUUACGCUGUAAAUUACUGUGUCAGAUGCUUUUGUACCUCAGAUUAAAAAUAUUGCUGAGGUCAGACACCCACACUUUUCAUGACUUUCUUCAGAAAUAGCACAUCGUACUCUGAAACACAGAGAAGUUACUUGACGUGUUCUUACAAAAGUGACUGAGGCCAAAUCUACAUAGAGCUUUUCUACUGAGAUGGUUGGAAACUGAACUAAUUUUGUAAGAAAAAAUUUCCCCUCGAGUAUGUGUCUGUAAUUCCAGAUUAGCCCAGACUUCAGCUGUACCUCAUGUUCAGUGGUUUUUACCUGAGUUUGCUUUGUGAGUUCAUGGUGGGGGGAUUUAACCUCUUUUGCCAAAGAGGAAAGUGUAUGUUUGUUUGUUUUAAUAGAAAAUGUGGACCAAAAAGAUCCUUUCCCUAAAAAUGUAUUAUAAUCCUAUUUGCAUGACUGACUUUCUGUGAAACAUAGGUUUUAGAAUACUGAGGUGCUGGAAGGUCACAGCAGACUAUCUGUGGUUAUUGUGGAGGUUAAACCAUUUACCUUGUGAGUUUACAUGGUUUUCUACGAUUACUAAUUGCAAUAAACUAUGCCAAACCAACGUACAUACCCCAGUCUCUCACUGGUGUCCUGCUUGCUGGGCUACUGAAGGCACUUGAGGCUUGCUCCAUAGAAGUGCAAGUGGUGCAGUGGAAGGAGCAUAUCUGGCUUCCUCUGGUUGGUCCUAAGUUGGAACUGGGGACAAAAAUUAUGGAAGCUGUCAGUUAUUAAUAAAAUCUUAGCGAUUUGGGGUCGAUUGUUUCAUGCUUCCUGGAUUGUUACAAAAAGUAACAAUCCAGUCUACAACUUGUAGACUUCCUACAAGUCUGACUUACAGCAGGCUGCCGGGUUCUGGGCUGGUGACGAUGGAUGAUGAGUUGGUUUCCCGUGCUUACUGCUGUGCACUGCCAGCCACAGUUCCGUUUUUCCUUAUGGUAUGGCCAUGAUCCAUUUGUAUAUUCAGUUGGUCACUACAUAACCCUAAGCCUCAGUUUCCUCAUGUGUAACAAGGAUGUGAAUGUGCCUUCCUCCAAGGCUUACAGAUAAGAAUUAAUUGUGACAACAUUUGGGCUGUAUAUAUUUUUAACAUUAAAAUAUUAGUCCAUAAAAACAGA